AGCAUAUAAUCCCAUCGCUCUGCCCUCUGCAACAUUUCUGCUAGCUCAAAUUCUCUUUGCACUCUUGCGGCUUGUGGGUCGGUUGAAGGGCUUCGGAGCAGGAAAAAAGAAACCUGACUCUCCACAAUGGCAGCAAUUAUCCUCCGUUCCCUAUUGAACAAAAAGGCCCCCAUCCAGCUGGGUCGCAUGUGUUACUCCUCCUCAGUGCCCACCACCAAGCUGUUCAUUGAUGGCAAGUUUGUUGAGUCCAACACGUCUGAAUGGCUCGACAUUCACAACCCUGCCACUAAUGAGGUGGUGGGACGUGUUCCCAAAGCUACCCAGGAGGAGAUGCUGGCAGCCGCGGACUCCUGUUCCAGAGCUUUCCACUCCUGGUCUGAGACCUCCAUCCUCAGCAGGCAGCAGAUCUUCCUGCGCUACCAGCAGCUCAUAAAGGACAACAUUAAAGAACUGGCCAAGAUAAUCACCUUGGAGCAAGGCAAAACUCUCGCUGAUGCAGAGGGAGAUGUAUUUAGAGGACUGCAGGUGGUUGAACACGCCUGCAGCAUUACAUCCCUCAUGUUGGGGGAAACCUUACCCUCCAUCACCAAGGACAUGGACACUUACACCUAUCGCCUGCCCAUUGGAGUGUGUGCCGGCAUCGCCCCCUUUAACUUCCCUGCCAUGAUUCCUCUGUGGAUGUUCCCUGUCGGCAUGGUGUGUGGCAACACCUACUUGAUGAAGCCCUCUGAGCGGGUCCCAGGAUGCACCAUGCUCUUGGCCAAAAUGCUUCAGGAUGCAGGGGCACCAGAUGGUACGCUCAACAUCAUCCACGGCCAACAUGCAGCGGUGAACUUCAUCUGUGACCAUCCAGCCAUCAAAGCCAUUAGCUUUGUGGGCUCCAACCAGGCUGGAGAGUACAUCUACGAGCGCGGCUCCAAGAAUGGCAAGAGAGUGCAGUCCAACAUGGGUGCCAAGAACCAUGGUGUGGUGAUGCCUGAUGCCAACAAAGAGAACACUCUCAACCAGCUGGUGGGUGCUGCCUUCGGAGCAGCUGGCCAGCGUUGCAUGGCUCUCUCCACUGCUAUUUUUGUAGGGGAGUCUCGCGAAUGGCUUCCGGAGCUGGUGGAGCGUUCCAAAUCUUUACGUGUAAAUGCAGGCGAUCAGCCCGGGGCAGACGUGGGUCCCCUGAUCUCCCCUGAAGCCAAGGCCAGGGUGGAGUCUUUGAUCCAGAGUGGCGUGGAUGAGGGUGCCAAGCUGCUGCUGGAUGGGAGAAAUGUCAAAGUCAAAGGUUAUGAAAAUGGGAACUUUGUAGGACCCACCAUCCUGGGCAAUAUUAUGCCUAACAUGAAGUGUUACAGAGAGGAGAUCUUUGGACCGGUGCUUGUCGUUCUGGAGGCUGACAGUCUCGACGAAGCCAUUUCUUUAAUCAACAAAAACCCCUACGGCAACGGCACUGCCAUCUUUACCACUAAUGGAGCCACAGCACGCAAAUACACACAUGAGGUGGAUGUUGGCCAGAUUGGCGUGAAUGUACCCAUCCCCGUCCCCCUCCCCAUGUUCUCCUUCACUGGCUCAAGAGGUUCAUUCAGAGGAGACACCAACUUCUAUGGCAAGCAGGGCAUCCAGUUUUACACUCAGAUCAAGACGGUGACGUCGCAGUGGAAGGCUGAGGAUGCCACAGUGACGAGCCCAGCUGUUACUAUGCCGACCAUGGGACGCUAAACUAAACUGCAUCCACCAUAAUGCUCACCGACUUCUCGUUUGCCUUAAAGCUAAGGAAGGAAUGGAAAUAAGGUUACAUGUCCCUUUUACUGUUGAGAAUUUUUCACCCUGGGGAUUAUUGGUUGGUGAUUUUUCGAACUUUGAACAUCUGGGACGCUGUUGCACAAACACACUGAUACAAAUGACACUGUAUUUGGAGACGGGGGGGUUGAAUUAGACUGGUACUCUACUAAUGGUGCUGUGAGUCUCUUCAUGGGUUUGUUUUAUUUAGUACCUCUUUUCUCCUGUCCAUAUCCUGUACUGUACAAGUAGGUCAUGAUCUAAUCAUGGUCAGUUGUUUUCAUAUGUCAUCCUGUGUGUGUUCUGGUAUUACAUUUCUAAAUACCUAAAGGAGAAAUCAAAAGGAUCAGGGAUUCUGUUGCUCAACAGUGACAGCUAAUGUCUUCCACCAGUAUCCUCUAUGGUUCUUUAGCUUGUUCUAUGUAUCAGAGCACUGGAUAUAUGUGUGAAAAGUAGAUUAACAAAUGUGACAUUAGAACAAGGACACACUCAUUCUGUUACUCCAUUUAAACUCAAAUAAUGGUUGCUGCUCAUGUCCUCUAUAUGUACACCCUACUGCACACGGGAUUAGUGUGUGUCUUCUGUGUCAGAUGGAGGUUCACAGUUUUGUACUCAACUGUCAGGGCUGUUUUACAUGUCAUGAACUUGGAAUGAUAUUCCUAAUAAACCAUUACAUUGACGUUCCUGGAUGAAACAGACAUACAGUAUGUCAUAGACUUCUUCAUCCAAAGUAUUUUAGCACUUCAAAGUUUACCCCCUUGACUCCUCUCUUAGUUCUUGUGGCUGAAGAUUAAGAGAUAAUAGGAGUAUUUGAGUCUGUAGUUAAUUGUUUGAAUAAAGACACUAAUUUGA